AUGGCGAAUAAAUUUGGAUUAGGUUCUUUACCUUUAGAUACUAAAAAACCUAACACAACAGCAUGGAUAAAUAAAGCAAAACCUUAUUUUGUGGAUCAAAUUGGAGACAAACUUCAAGGUGAUUUAGAUAUGAAUAAUUUUACCAUAACUAAUUUAAAGUUACCAGGAAAUGAUUAUGAUGCUGUUCACAAGAAAUAUUUAAUGGAUCAAUUAAAUUUAAUUGAAGUAAAUAAAGAACAUUUAAAAGAAAGAAUAGGCGAUGUGAAAAGAUACUUCAAACGACAAAUAAAUAAUAAAGAUUUUAUUGAUGAUACUAAGUUACAACAAGAAGUAACAAGUUUGAAAAGUUUUAUUGAAGAACAAUUACUUAAUGUAGUAGAUAAAACUCAAUUACAACCUUUAAGUUCAUUAAUUUCUAAUUUAGAUGAUAAGAUUACAAAACCAAAAAUAGAUCUUAAACAACUAAUAGCCAAUAUUAAUCCAGGUAUAAGUGAAGAUAAAUUAACAACAUUAGAAACUAAUGAUAUUAGUGAAAUACAAAAACAAAUAGUUGGUAUUAAACAACAAUUACUUAAUGUAGUAGAUAAAACUCGAUUAGAAAAUUUAAAAUUAUUAAUAUCUAAAUUAGACGAUAAGAUAAUAAAACAACAAAUAGAACUUAAACAACUAAUAGAUAAUAUUAAACCAGGUAUAAGUGAAGAAAAAUUAACUGAAUUAGAAACUAAACUCAAUGAUAAUAGUGAAAUAGAUGUUAUUAAACAACAACUUCUAAAUGUAGCAGAUAAAACUCAAUUACAAAAUUUAAAAUCAUUAAUAUCUAAAUUAGAUGAUAAGGAAACGUUUAAAACAUAUUUGAUGAUUCAGGAAACUUUAAUUUCCGAGGUAAAUCUCUAA